GUUCAAAAGUUUUUGGUAAUUUUUGGGUACUGGUUAAAGGUGCACAAUUAUUUAGAUAAUGCCGUCAUCAAAUAAGCAAUCGAGAGAUUUUCACAAUGCGACGUCACGUAACAUCAAUACGAAUAAAAGAAUUUUCAAAAAACGUCCAGGCACUACGGACAUAGGAAAAGAUUAUGAGGACCUCAUGAUAGCCAAUCUUACUUUGCAGUUAUUAAAAGACACCAAUAUCGAAGAUUUCUUUCUAUGGUCGAACGACGAACAAUUCGGUGCCUUUGACGACGUCAUUGUCGAAGUGAAGUCAAAAGACAAACCUACAGAAAAAUACGCGCUACAGUUAAAACACAUAAGCCAAAAAUCGAAGAAACUUAGCCUAUCGAGUUUAACAGAAGAGUCGGGAAAUUUCGCCAUCAACAAAUAUUUCGAAUCCUACCAAACAAUCAAAGACUCGAUUUCAAACUUCAGAGUGGUUUUGUUUACAAAUCUCAAGUUCAGUCUUGAUAAGACGGUGCAGCUUCAAAUAAAAAUUGAUGGCAAAACUGUCCAAGUGGAAAUUAUUAAAUGUAGCGCUGACACGAAAUUGAACACGAGUAAAGACAGUGCGGAGUGCUACAAAUUUAAAAUUGUAGACGAUGUAGCACCCAGUGAGCUAAAUCACUUUUUUGGAAGAUUUUUUCUUUACACGAAUCAAAUGAGUGUGGAUGAGGUGAAAACUAGGGUUUGUACGCAAUUACAGACAAUGUUUUCUUGUAAAAACACAGUUUCGGAGAAGUAUCUCAAAUUUAUCUCUCAGUGGAGUAUACGGGAAGGAGUGAAAAACAAACUGGACAAAGAACUGAUGGAACAAAUAAUUGCACUAUAUUUAGUUGGUCCCUUUAUCCAAUCACUGUGUUUUUCUGAUACUGACGCCAGCGAAAAUCAGAAACUUCUACAAAGGGUAGUUUUAAAUUUUCACGUAACAAGAUUUAGAAAAGAAUGGGUUGGUGAUGUGAAGCGAUUGUUCAGUGACGCUAAAAGAGGAGUUAGUACAGAGAAUUUGGAUAAAGUGAAUCAGAAUUUUCAAAUAACUAAUUUAGAACAACUAACUGAUGAUAAUUUUACAAUAUUGUUGUGGCUAAUGAACAAAUGCCCGUUGAUUGUCCAAGAGAAUCCAGAAUUUGACCAAGUUGUCAAACUGUGUCCAAGAAAAAGUUUCAUCUUGAUUGGCGACGACGUACUGGAAGAAUCAAGAGGCAAAAUCUUCCAAAAGUUAUCAGAUUUAAACUACGACGAUUAUAUACUGGAUAGCAUAAUAACGAACUUUAAAUGCUUAUUGUCAGGAGAAGAAAUUUCUUUGUCGAAUUUGCUUCAGGCAGAUGCGAGCUUUCGUGACGUUAUAUCUACAAACGAGCUUCUAAGGAUGACUCAAGGACCUUAUGAAGUGAAACAAACCGAGGAGGAAAUUCCCACACCAUACAUAAGUAGAUUUUUAUCUAGAAAUUUGUUCUUUUUGACUUAUUUACACGCUGUUGAUGAUAGCACGCUGAUUUUUAUAAGCAGCGCUACAUCCGAACAGGACACAAAUUUGCUUAAGAAAUAUAGACCAAUUUUUGUUGAUGACUAUCAAGAUGAAGAUAAGUUGCUUCAUUUUGAGCAGUUUUUUUCAAGACGGAACAUCUAUGUGAGCACGAAAAUCUGUUCCCAAAGGGAGUUUUAUUCAAUUUGUGAGAGAAAUUCCAUGAUGAAGACGUUUCAUCACUUUAGAAUUUUCGACGGAAUGUUGGAAUGGGUUCAAAGCAGAAGCAACAAUAUUGAAGAUUUGGAACAACAACGUAUCAGAAGAGAGCAUAGUGCAAGUGAAUUAGAGCUUUCAGACUUUGGUAAUUUUGUCAACAUAAUAAGCGGCGAAUCUGGAAUGGGGAAGUCUUGUUUGUUCAGAAAUUUGAAGAAUAGAAUGUCCUUCAAAACAUGGACUGUCAUUUUUUCCGUUCGAGAUAUAACAAACAUUUGUGACAAUUAUCGAGGGAAAAAAUUUUGCGACGACUUAGAAGAUUUCCUAAUACAACUAAAAUUUUCUAAGUAUGACAGGUUUGACCAACACGUUAUCAAAUUUAUGUUGCAAAAUCAACAGGUAGUGUUUCUUUGGGACGGACUGGAUGAGCUUGUGUCUGACGAUAAUAUGGCGAUCAUAACAAACGUGGUCAAAAAAUUUUCGGAAAAAAACGUAGUGCAGUGGUUAAGCUGCCGAAAUCAUCUAAAAAAUGCACUGGAACGUACAUUUAACGUGCUGGCGAGAACACUGUUACCUUAUUCAGAAGAACAACAAAUUUAUUAUAUUCAAGACCGACUCAAGUUUGUGGAUAUUGACGAAAAUCAUCUUGAGGACCUCAUUUCAAAUUUAAAAGAUAAUCCUGGAAGGACUUUAUCGAACGACAUACUAAGAAAUCCUUUACAAAUUUACAUGCUCACAGAACUCUGUCGACGAGACACCAAAAAGUACACAAAAUUAUUAAGCCAGACUUUUCUCCUAACCGACUUAUACCAGCACUUCAUUGAAGAAAAAUUAGUAUUCUUCUAUAGCGACAAAGUCAAACUAAAUGAUUCACAAAUCAACCAGUUAAAACAAGUUAUUAGAAGUCACUUCCGACAACUGGAAAUUGUAGCCCUGAAGGUACUAUUUGAACCCGAGUUUUUGCAAAAGUUGAAUAUCGACUGGGAAUUUGAAGACGACAGUGACAGUUUUGGCUUCACCACUUCGCAUAUUUCGUAUGCUGAAUACUUCGUGGCAACUUAUUUUUCCAAACGGAAGGUACCUUACCUGAAGGAGGUCAUCUUUCACGAAAAAUAUACAAACGUGAGAUAUUUUUUUGACAUGUUGUUAGCCAAAAGUUCUCCUGUCCACAUUGCUGUUUUGCACACAAGUAUAAGUCAGCUCAAAAUGUGUCCAGAAGAUAUCCAGAAGAAGGAUUUGGGAGGCAGGAAUGUUUUACAGUUAGCGUCUUCCUGGGGACGAAGAUAUCCACUCUUGAACUUCAAAAAAGAAAGUGAUGCGUUUGUGUUAAACGAGAAAGAACCAUCAGUGAAAGCAGAAGCAGAAGAAUACUUACAGAUUUUGGAACAUUUAACAGAAGGCGUCGACGCAGACCAGACUGACGACAUUUUUAACAUGAACGCAAUGAAGUAUGCAGAAAGUGCAAACUGCUUAUUUCCACUAGCUGUGCUUGAAGAGAAAAGAAAAUCUGGGUAUUUUCAAACAAAAAGCGACAAUUUCAACUGCACUUGUUUGUACUAUUUUACCAAAUUUGGCCACUUGAAAUAUAUUACCCAAUUCCAAAGCUAUUUAAAUUUUGUUAGAACGAGUAAAGGUGAAACGCUGCUUCAUAUAGCUUGCGAAAACAGACACCAACAUGUCGUGAGUUUCCUAAUCCAGUUUGGGUUAGAUGUUAACAGUUGCGACCUCGAUGCUCAAACUUGUCUUUAUCCAGCAGCAAGACUUGGAGAUGUUACAAUUGUAAAGUUGCUUCUCACUAACGGUGCUAAAGCUAACAUCUACAACACCGAAAAAUGGACACCGCUUUUCGUGGCUUCUUACAAUGGACAUCAUCAAGUUGUCGAACUUCUGAUUGAUGGGUCAGAUCUUAAUGCUUCUGAUAAGUACGAGUGGACACCACUUCAUUCGGCAUCCUUCAGCGGUUAUGAAAAAAUCUGCGAUACGUUGGUCAAGCAUGGUGCAGAUCUUAAUGUAACGGAAAAAUAUGGCUGGACUCCACUUCAUACAGCGUCGUAUAGUGGCCACCCAAAUAUAGUUAAAUUGCUGCUCAAGAACGGUGCUGAAAUCAACGCUCGGGAUAAAUAUGGUUGGACCUUGUUUUACCCACACAGGAACUACCAAAACGACGCUAGUUAUCUGGAAUUGUUAUCUGACAAUAAAACGUCGUUUUAUUCCACUAUCUAUAACCUCCACGACAGAGUGCUUGAAUUUCUCCACGGACUUAACUUCACCACUUCUGAGAAAACCGGAUGGACUUCUCUUUUCGUGGCGGCUCAUAACAGUCACGACGAAGUUGUCGAUCUCUUAGCUAAAUCAGGCGCCGAUUUAGAUGUUUGUGAUAGCGAUGGUAGAACAGCCCUUUACUCAGCCUGUGAAAAUGGUUGUGAAAGCGUUGUCCAACUUUUGGUUAAACAUGGUGCCAACAUCAACGCCUCUGACAAAAAAGGUCAUACACAACUUCACACAGCUUCAGCAACUGACACUAGAAAAGUUGUUGACUUGUUAAUUAAGUACGGAGCUGAUAUAAAUGCACCAGAUGGACUUGGUUGUACCCCACUUCACCUAGCGGCAGAAUUUGGACGCGCAGAAGUUGUACAACGCUUGAUUUUGUCAAACGUUGAUGUCAACGCGUCUGACAAAAACGGAUUUACACCACUUCAUACAGCUGCUUAUCAAGGGCACACUAAAGUUGUCGAUUUCUUGAUUCAAAGUGGUGCGGAUUUAAAUCGAUCGGGUAAAAAUGGUCAAACUCCGCUUUACUCGGCUUCUAGACAUGGACAUGAAGGUGUUAUUAAAUUGUUGGUUAAAUUUGGCGCUGAUGUUAAUGUGAGGGACGUUGAUGGUCGGACAGCGCUGCACUCGGCUUGUUACAGUGGACACAUAAGGGCUGUUGAGAUACUGACGGUUUCUGGGGCUGAUAUUAAUGCCUCUACUGGAGAUGGCUGGACACCGCUUUAUAUAGCUUCUGGAAAAGGUGAUGAUGGGAUUGUGGAACGUUUGGUCAAGUUGGGGGCGCAGAUUGAUGUUUUUAGUAAGAGUGGGUUAAUGCCGCUACAUUUAGCUUGUAAAAGGGGGCAUGGAAGAGUCGUAGAGUUGUUGAUUAAAUCUGGAGCGGAUAUAAAUGCUUUGUCGAAGGAUGGUCAAACUGCACUUGAUUUUGCCUCUAGUCAGGGACAUUUCAGUGUUGUGGAAAUUUUAGUGAAACAUACGACUGCACGAACUCCUUUUACUGUCGAUGAAUGUAUUUAAAAGUGUUAAUUAUACAAUAUGUGGAAAAAAUAUUUUUGUAUAUAUACAAGACAUUAACAGAUCUACGAUUUACUACCAAAAUUCCUGAUAAAAUUCAGGGUUGGGUUGGCACAAUUUUUAUUUGAUUCUUCUGUCACAAUAAAGUCAGCUUUUUUGCCAAAAACACUGGGGAAGUUUUCUCAUUUAUGAUGCGAGAUUUGACUUGGCUAUAGUUUUAGUGUGGCGGACCGGAAAUUCUUGCCUGGAUUCCGGAAUCAUUUUCAAAUGAGUGAGCCAUUCAAACCAUUUAUUACUUUCCAUAGUUUCACAUAUUCACGUCGUGCUCAUCUAUGUUUAAUCUUCUUCCAAGAAUUUAGUCGAAAUAUAUUCCUUCCCAAAUAUGGGUAGCACUUGAAUAUCACAAAUUUAAUAAAAACGGAAAAAUCUAAAUUAAAGUAACUUAAUUAGACUUAAAAUUUCCUACAUUAUGGCGAGAUCAAAUGGAAACACUAAAUUGUCACUCUGUCAACAAUUCAAACAACGAUUUUACAUGAUGCUGAAUUAUGCCACACUUUAUAAACAAUUUAAACAAAGAAUUUACAUGAUGUUAAAUUCUGCCACACUUUAUCAACGAUUCAAACAAAGAAUUUCCAUGAUGUUAAAUGAUGCCACACUUUAUCAACGAUUCGAACAAAGACAAAGCUUUGAGAGUUUAUGUCGUGGACUUCGCCCAGCUUAUGCCAAUAACAAACACAUGGUAAAUAAGGACAAAAUGCAUCCCUCGUCGCGAGAAAUACGUCUUGGUGGUAUCCAGGGGAUAACUACCUAAGGGAAAAAAAAAUCCUCCUGUCCCUCAGUCCGCGAUCUUUUGAAUUCUACCGUACUUCCCAAAGUCCUUUUUCCGAGCGUGGGACAACGUUAGGUUAAUUUAAUUGCCGUAAAUGAACUAUUAGCAGUCUUGUGUGAGGAAUUAGGAGAAGAAUUACCGUCCCAACCGACCAUCCCCCAGGCAUCAACCGGGGGAUAUCCCUUUCCACCCUCCAGGCAUUAACCAGAGGACUUCUCGACAUCAACCGGGGGAUAUCCCAUCCGCCUCCAGGCAUUAACCAGAGGAUUACCGUCCCAACCGACCAUCCCCCAGGCAUCAACCGGGGGAUAUACCUGUCCGCCCUCCAGGCAUUAACCGGAGGACUCCCGUCGCAACCGGGGGAUAAACGACCCGACCUAGCGCCGCUCGGCAUUAACCGCAGCGUUCUACCCCACAACCGCCGUCCACCUUUUGUACGUCGACCAUAUGCUUACGUCCCUGAUUACUGUGUAUGUUCUGUGUUGAAUAAAUAUUUUCCUUCCA